GGGAGAGUCUGGUCCCCCAAGGGAGGACGGCGGCCCCGUGUCUCUAAUUCAGGGGUUAGUAACCCGGGCGGGUUGACGAACUUGAGGAGGAAGGAAUUACUCCUUUAUUGUCUCAGUGUAAAAUUUAGCAAGUCCUUCGGUGACUGACCGAGUGGCGUUCGCUCUGUCCAAAACGAAGUCGCGAUUGCAAAUGGGGAUGAGUGUAAAUGAUGGUUGGAGACAGAGUAUCUGCAACAAACUCCUCUCCAGUUGUCGCUGCUUGGACAUGACGAUAGGACUUGUUAUUUAAUGCUGGAAAAAGAAGCAUCUAUACUAAUAGAGCAUAAGUUUGUUUUAAAGACAUUUUGGUACUUAUAUCAAUAUCAGUAAUUAAAGUUCUCUGUAUUUUGAUUAACAUGUGUAACCCCUUUAUUUAAUGUGGUCACUUGAACAUUUAAAAUUACAUACGGGCUCGCAUUACAUUUCUCUUGGAGCUUCACCAGGUGCAGAAUGGUAAAGGCCCUCUGCACUGGUGUCACUAGGGUGCUGGUCAAGAGAAGCUGUUUGAUACUAUUCAUGGACUUGGGUUCGAAGCCAGCCAGUUCCAGAGCUAGUGGAUCUCGCCCACCACACUGCUGCAGGGCCCCCAGCAAGUCAGUCCCCUCCCUGGGCCACAGAUAUUAAUUUGUCCAACCUGCUGUCCCCUCUGAGGUCUUUCCACCUUCUAAUAUAACCAGACCUUAAAACGUGUUCAUGCUCGUUAUUCUGAUUUUUUUUUUAUUUGGGGAGCUUUCUUCUCCUUUGAAUGAGUUUAAGUAUUCAUCUGUUUGGGGGGAAAACUUUUUGUCAACUGACAGAGUCCUUGAAUUGGGCCUAAAGUUCUCAGAGUAGAUAAAAACUUCCCCAAAUUGUUUCUUAAGUAACUAAAACUAUUCAUAUUCUCCCAUCAAAAUAAGUGCAUGGCUCUGUUCAUAGGGGGUAUUCUGAUAUUUUUUUAUUAAAGAGUUUCAAAUAUGUAGACCAGGAUCUCUAGCCUAACUGUGCAAUAGAAGUAUAGUGUGAGCACGUACGUAAUUUAAAAUUUUUAAGUAGCCGCAUUAAAGUUUAAAGAUUGUGAAAUCAGUCUCAAAUUUUCUUUAGCCCAGUAUAUCGAAAAUAUUAUCAUUUCAACAUGUAAAAAAAUGUGUAGUUUACCUUCUUUUUUUGUACAAAGUCUUUGAAAUCUGGUGUAUAAUUUACCUUUAAAGCAUAUCUGCAUUUAGUCUAGCCACAUUUCAAGUGUCAAUAAUCACAUUGGACAGCACAGCUGAAGCCCAUUUGCCCAUGAAUUUUGCAGAAGAGAAAUGUUUAAGUUAACUUCCCUGUGCAGAGGCCCAGAAUGCCAGUGUUUUUUCCUAAUAAAUGAUAAUGCUAUAAUUUUUUGAACACCUAUUAAACCCCAGGCAUUAUGAUAAAAACAUCUCAUUUAAUCCUUAUGGCCUUGUGGUAAGGUGAGUGUGUCUUGCAGCUGAAGGAAUUGAGGUCCAAGAAGGUCAAGUAAUGGGCCCAGUUACUCAGCUCUGGCCAGGGCUCAAAGUGAGCUCUGACUUGAGUGCCCAGUCACUUAGGUCGUGGCUCAGUGAUACAAAUCAAUAGUUUAGGUGUAUCGAGUGCUCACCAUGCUGCACCUGAACGCUGGUAUCUGAGAUUGAAUCAUUGCUACGGUGCUGUGUGGGUGAUGUUAUAGUUAACCCCAGUUUAUAGCCGAGGAGACAGGCCAGAGCAGUGAGUGCCCAGGGACUCAAGGAUAGUUGUUUGGUGGAGCUGAAAUCUGAACCUAACCCUAACGCUAGGCCUACUUUCUAACCUCAGGGCUUGUGCUUGUGCCCACCUUCUUGGUCUUCUUUCUGCCUUUUGUGACUAUGAACUCGCGUUGACUUUCACUAUUUUGCUGACCUAUGCCAGGCCCUGGAGGGGAACACCAGAGAUGGACCUCGUGAGACUCUCGCGGCUCUUCUACGGCCCCUGCCCCAUGGGAUUGGCCAUCCUGCACCACCUUGACGCCCUCAGAGCCAGGUGGGCCGGAGGCAGGGUGGGGCCCAUGUGGCUGAGGGCUGCAGGGCUGAUUCGGCUAGCGCCAGCAGCCUUCAACAGCUCCCUCUCUCGGCUGUCCCUCGGCCCGCGGAGCCAGAAGAACACAGGCAGCCUGAGCUCUGACCCAGGCCAGCCCAGCCCCACGGCCACGCAGGAGGAAGGGGAGGAGGAGAGCUUUGGGACCCUUUCCGACAAAUACUCCUCCCGGAGAAUGUUCCACAAAUCGACGGCCCAGUUGUAUAACCUGCGGCUCAAGGAACAGAGUGGUGAAGAAGAUGAGGAAGUGGGGCUGCAGCCAGAAUCACGGCAGGGCCCAAGAAACACCCCUUGCUGGUACUUCUUUCAGUGCAAACGCCUGAUCAAGGAAGGAAAGCUGGCCGAGGCGCUGGACCUGUUUGAGAGACAGAUGCUGAAGGAGGAGCGACUCCAGCCCCUUGAGUGCAACUACACCGUGCUGAUCGGGGGCUGCGGGCGGGCUGGCUACCUGAGGAAGGCCUUCCAGCUCUACAAUGACAUGAAGAAGCGAGACCUGGAGCCCUCAGAUGCCACCUACACAGCCCUGUUCAACGUCUGCGCUGAGUCCCCCUGGAAGGACUCUGCUCUGCAGAGUGCCUUGAAGUUACGGCAGCAGCUUCAGGCCAGAAACUUCCAGCUCAACUUGAAAACGUACCACUCCCUGCUGAAGAUGGCCGCCAUGUGCGCAGACCUCAGGAUGUGCCUCGAUGUGUUGAAGGAAAUCAUCCAGAAAGGACAUGCGGUCACAGAGGAGACCUUCAGUUACCUGCUCAUGGGCUGCAUCCAGGACAAGAAAACGGGUUUCCGAUAUGCCCUGCAGGUGUGGAGGCAGAUGCUGAGCCUGGGGCUCCAGCCGAGCCGGCACGGCUACAACCUGCUGUUGGGGGCAGCUCGGGACUGCGGCCUGGGGGACCCGGAGGUGGCCUCGGCGGUGCUCCUGAGGCCCAGGGAGGAGAUGGUCCUGCUCCAGCCCCCGGCAGGUGGGCGGCAGGCAAGGAGGAGAGACGGGGUCGGGGCGGACGAUAGCCUGUCAGCCAGGCUGCACGUGGAGGCCCUGGAGAGGCAGCUGUUUCUAGAACCUUCUCAGGCACUUGAGGGGCCUCUGGAGCCUCAGGAGGCCGGAGCCCGCGGCAAGGCCCAGCCUGGGGUGGAAACCAAGGUGGAGCCUGACCACGCUCUGGCCCCUGCGGCCCCGGUGCCGCCUCCCUGGGGGCUGGAGACCAACCUCCUGACCCCCAGGGCGGUCUCCUCGGCUGUGGUCUCCUUUGGGACCGUGACCACUCCAGCCGACAGGCUGGCCUUGAUGGGGGGCCUUGAGGGCUUCCUGGGAAAGAUGGCGGAGCAUGGGCUUCGGCCCGACAUCAAAACCCUCACGCUGUUGGCGGAGGUGGUGGAGCCCGGCACUUCCGCAGAGUCCUCGCUACUCACCAUCUUGGACGCGCAGCAAGUGGAGGCCGACCUGACCUUCUUCAACACGCUGAUGAGGAGGAAGAGCAAGCUGGGCGACCUGGAGGGGGCGAAGGCACUGCUGCCAGUCCUGGCAAAGAGGGGAAUCGUCCCUAACCUGCAGACAUUCUGCAGCCUGGCCAUCGGGUGCCACAGGCCAGGGGAUGGCCUGCAGCUGCUUGCAGACAUGAGGAAAUCCCAGAUGACGCCCAGCGCCCACAUCUACAGCACUCUCAUCAACGCAGCCGUCAAGAAGCUGGACUACGCCUAUCUCAUCGACAUCUUGAAGGACAUGAGGCGGAACAGGGUCCCGGUGAAUGAAGUGGUCAUCCGCCAGCUGGAGUUCGCAGCCCAGUACCCACCCACCUUCGACCGGUACAAAGGGAGAAACACCUACUUGGAGAAGAUUGAUGGUUUCCGAGCUUAUUAUAAGCAGUGGCUGAAAGUGAUGCCAGCAGAGGAAACCCCCCACCCGUGGCAGAAGUUCCGGACCAAACCAAAGGGAGACCAGGAGACCGUCACUGUGGCCGAUGUGGACAGAGGCCCUGGGGGAGCAAGACUCUGGUCUAAGGAAACAAGAUCUGAUGGUGAAACCCAACUAAAUCUGAAGCAGGCUCUGUUCUGGCCUCAGGUCUGGGGCAGGAGCCCCAGCUAGACAUCACCGUGGAACCCUGGGGCUCUUGGAGGAGCAGGGCUUCUGCUGCUCUGCCCCCCUUCCUGCCCCCGCCAGAGACCAGCAGCAGAGCUGCCCCUCAGGAGGCAGCCCGUGCUCGCUCUCCACUGCUCCACAUGCCCGUCCUUGAGCUUCCAGAUGGUUCAGGGGGACAGAGCUGCCUGCUGAGCCAAAGCCCUACAAGCUGUAACUAGUGCUGCAGUGUGAAGGGACCUUGUGACGAGGGACGGUGUGAAAGAAGACAUCUGGCCUGACCUCCCAGCGGGGCCCAUGGCGGUCAGCCGAGGGGCCACGCUCAAAGGGCGCUAACGGCCAACAGCCCAGCAACCCUUCUCUGCUUCCUGCGGCUCCACUUCAGAGGCGUAUGUGUGUGGAGCCGAGCUACUGCACACCCAGCCGUGUUCCCCAGCCGCCCAGGAAGUUCUGGCAGGAGACAUGGUGAUGCUAACAUUGAAGUGUCCCUGGGAGGAAAAGGAGGCCUGGAAAAAAGGGCGGCUGAAGGGCAAGCACUGGAGGGAAAGGGACAAGCUCCUGCCGACUGGCCGGUGGGUAUCAUCACCCCCAUUUGGUUAAGUGAGGAAAGGAACCCAAUAACUUGCCCAAAGGAGGAGGUGAGACUGGCCCCCAGAUGUAAGAUAAUUACUGCCAAACUCCCUGGCAUGGAUUCCUGACCAGAGGGUCUCACUGCUGGGGGGAUGGCCAACCACAAAACAGAACAACAUAAAACCCCUUGUGGUCAACUAGGGCAGAAUCCUGACAGUAAUAUCCCACCCAGUCGUCAGACAUGACAGGGGUGGAGACAUUACCACUUCCAACUUGCUUUUGGGGACCCGGCAAAUGCAGUUCGUCCCAAAAUUGGUGUCCCGUGUCUGAAUGCACCGCAGGCAGCAUAGGUUCUCAUAUCCCUGCUUUUUCCAUUUUGCGAUUAGGUUUUUAUCUGCAUAGCCUUCUUUAAUACAGUAUUCAUACAGUUCUGUCAAAAAGAUGGGGAAAGGGCAUCAGACCAUAGUAUAACAGAGCUCCCGGGCUUCCCUGGUAGCGCAGUGGUUGAGAAUCUGCCUGCUAAUGCAGGGGACAUGGGUUUGAGCCCUGGUCUGGGAGGAUCCCACAUGCUGCGGAGCAACUAGGCCCGUGAGCCACAACUACUGAGCCUGCGCAUCUGGAGCCUGUGCUCCGCAACAAGAGAGGCCGCGAUAGUGAGAGGCCCACGCACCACGAUGAGGAGUGGCCCCCGCUUGCCACAACUAGAGAUAGCCCUCACACAGAAACUAAGACCCAACACAGCAAAAAUAAAUUAAUUAA